AUGACGGGUCGGUUCUGGUCCAACAAGGAAGGAUCCUGGAUUCAAGUCGCCCCAUCCAAAAAGCUCGAGAUCUCUGGGGGUCUGCCCUUAAAUUUAUACUCAGCCAAUGGCUCCUGGCCGAAUGGCAAAGACGGAUACGUUGUGACCGUUCUCCACCAAUUACAUUGCGUGGGUAUGUUGAACCACGUGAAACUAGGAUUGAUCCACGGCAACAUGCCAGACGAGAAAAAUCUAGCGCACAUGGGUCACUGUAUCGAGUAUCUUCGACAUGGGGUGAUGUGCUAUGGGGAUACAGCGCUCGAGAAACCCGUCGACCAUUCCAAUUUUGUCCAAGUGACAACCGAAGAGACCGAACAUAUAUGCCGAGACUGGUCUUAUCUGUCGGAGCAGUUCUGGGAUGUUUCAAUUGAUUUUAUAUGGGGCACUGAGCGACCGAUGACGGUGUUUGAGAACUCAGAUGCGGCAAAGGGAGACCCUGCUGGCGAAACCCUUACUAUUCACAAGUGA